AUGAGCUCGGAAGUUCAAGUGGAAGUCGCCAUCAUCGGCGCAGGCGUCGCAGGCCUUACAUUGGCGAACAUGCUUGAGCAGGCCAACAUCUCUUACUUGGUGCUUGAGAGCUAUCGUGCUAUCGCACCACCCGGGGCCGCAAGUAUCGGUCUGAUGCCCAACGGACUUCGCAUUUUGGAUCAAAUUGGCGUGUAUGAAAAGCUGAUGGAGCAUGCCGUGCCGCACGACUACUUCGAGCACCGUGAUGGAGACGACGGUACGCUCUAUGGAGUGAUGACAGCAGGGCGAUACUUGCCACCUCUUCUUGGAUACUCAAGCCACGCAAUCCCUCGGCAGACUUUAUUGAAGAUUCUGUACGAAAAUCUGCCUGACAAGUCCAAGGUGCGGGCUUCAAGCAGAGUCUCUAAAGUUGAAACCUCCGAGACCAGCGCCGUUGUCACCACAGAAGAUGGGUUCAAGAUAACCUGUGAUGUUGUCGCAGGUGUUGAUGGGGUUCAUAGCGCGGUGCGUCGUGAGAUUGAAGCCUAUGUGGGUGUCACACCUUCUCCAAGCUAUCUUGCAUCUAGGUCUGCAUGCGUAUUCGGCUGCUCCAAUCGCAUUCCUGGCAUCACGGGUGGCCAGUUCUUUAACAGCCACCGCAAAAACACUGGCCUCUUCAUUCUCACCGGAAAGGAUGACACGCCAUACUGGUUCUUGUUUGAUGACUUCAAAGAGCCCAUCAAAUACAAAGAGACACCCAAGUACACUCCGGAAUAUGUCGAAGCGCUCGCCGAGAAAUCCAAGGAUAUUAUCAUUAUACCUGGCGUAACUUUUGGGGAUCUGUAUGCCCACAGGAGAGAUAUUACCACGGUAUCUCUUGAAGAGGGAAUUGCCGCCGUAUGGCAUGCCGGCCGUAUGUUUCUUGCAGGUGACUCUUGUCAUAAGAUGGUCCCUAAUGGUGCAAUGGGCGGGAAUCAAGCUAUUGAGUCAGUAGCUAGUUUUGUCAACCACUAUCGACGACUCCGCGUCCGUUAUCCAAACCAACCUAUUCCUUUAACCGAUCUGAAUGCGGCACUUGAAAGCUACACCAAUGAGCGUCGUGGGCCGGUGACACAGCACGUGGAAAAGUCAUGCUUCCUUCGCGAUGCCCUUCUCAAGCGUGGGCCCAAUGCUGAAGGUUAUCUUCAGGGUUUGUCCAAGGGCAACAUCUGGGAGGGGCUAAACAAACUUGCCGAGCCUAUGAGCCGGGCUAUUGUGCUUGAGGACUGGCAUAAUAAGACCCAGAGAGCUGAGUUCUACAAGAGACAAGCAGCUAAGAUGCGAGAUGGUCUAGCUAUACGCUCGAUCCUUGAGGAAGGUGAAGUUAAGGGAUAA